AUAAGUAUAUUCGAUCAGUUGCAUGUAAUUGCAAAUGGUCGAAUAAUUCUAAUUUAAAUUGAACAAUGAAAUCCUUCCUGACUAGCGCCAGUUACGAACCCAGGUAAUGAGUAUGAAAUGCGUAAAUGUUUGUGCGUGUGUCCUUCGGCACAUUGUAAAGCCAGCCCAAAAAGGAUCCUCGACGAGAUGGGCGCUGAAAAAGGACACGGCCAAAGUUUUCCCCCUGGAAAAGGGAUAUGCAACUGAUGGGUGUGCUUCACCAUCACCACAAACCCAAAAAACCUCGUCCUCGUGGUGAGGAGAAGGAUGUUCAAAGAUGACGAAGAGUGGCCGGGAUAAAAAGUGGUACCGAGAUGCGUGUCCUGAUUAGUCCGUGCCGGGUACUCGUCCUGUGAGGAUCCGUUCGCUCCUCAAGUUCUAGUGAGUUUGAAAUGAAAAGUUCGUCACAAGUGGAAACGAUGGCUUCGCCGACGACAACCUCGAGCAGUGACUUCAGUAUCGAGCACAUCCUGACGAGGGCCGGCGAACGGUACCGGAAGCGCCGGAAGUUGAGCAGUGAGGAUGAGUCCUUUGGGGUGAGGAGUUCGACGUCGUACUACCACAGUGAAUCGCCCAGCCACAGUGACGAUAGUGAAACGAGGGGAGGUUCUUCGGAAGAGGACGAGGAAAUUGUGGUGGAAGAUCGAAGGACGCCGAGGAUAUCGGUGGCGGCGCUAGGAAGAACACCGGAAGUGGAUAGGAAUACUACGGCGAGUGCAACGACGACGUCGAGCUACCUGCAGAACUGCAUGCCGAGCUUCGAUUGGUUGUACUAUACGCGCUAUCGGCCGCCAAAGUUGCCACGUCCCCAAAAAGCCGGCCCCGUCAAACGCACUCCCGGUCGUCUACCCCGUGUUCCCUUCACCCCGUCCCAGCUGAGCGCCCUCGAGGACGCGUACAAAGUGUCAACCUACCUGAGCUCCGAAGAGGCAAACCAGCUGGCGUGCAGCCUGGACCUCACCAACACCCGGGUCAAAAUCUGGUUCCAGAACCGGAGGGCGCGCGAUCGCCGCGAAAAGCGGGAAGCCGCCGAAGGUGGCGGACCACCAGCAGUUGGAGGACAUUUUGCGUUUUUUGGGGCCGGAAGUCCGAGCAAGCGGGAACCGUUUCUACCUCCGAUGAAAUGAUACUUGUUGCGGGUUUGAUUUUGAGGUUAUGUAAAUAGAGAGAUAUUUUUUUUAAAGUGAGAUUUUUCUUGUACAAAGAGCUAGAUUAGAAAUAUUUUAAAUUUAAGAGGAAUUUAAGGAUGUGAUAUGCUGCCACAGAAGAAUGAAAUAAAACGAUUGCCUUCUUUAAAAUAGUUAACCUAAUUAAGUAUAUUACAACUUGUCUUACAGCGUCUAAACUUAGUGCCCAAAACUGGAUACCUUUUCAAAAGUGUGUGUUUUUGUGGGUUUUUAAAAACUUAAAUGACAUGACCCAUUUAUUAAGUAGCGUAGCUUCUCUUUUUUUCUCAAUGUUUAAGUAGCUGUUCUUUUAUCCUCUUCAACAAAACUCUAAUUUUCUUAUACAGCCUAGCUAACAAUUGGGGGGAAAGGAGGGUUUGACGGUGUUAUUUCUGCAUAAGUGUACUGUUAACAUGCUCUCUCAGCGGAGAAUUUAUAGUAGAUUAUUUGGGGUAGUUUAGUUUGGACCUGUGCGGUCUUCCAACACUGGUUGCAACACCGUUUCGAUACCAACUUUGUUGACAUGUUCUCGAGAACCAUCGUUUAGAUAGUUUUUUUUAGAGGAUGUUUUCACAGAAUUUUGUUUCUGAACCCUUUU